CAAUCUUUUUAACAACAAAACAAAAAACAAAAAUUUUCUUUUUAACAGUUUAGAUUUUGGUCGCCAAAAACUUGACAGAGAAUCAACAAAUGAUUACCUACACAUUCAUGUACAAUUUCAAUAUACAAAGUGGAGUUCUUGAUCCUCUUUGGGUGUGUCUUGCUCUGCCAAAAGGUUGAGUGUGUACAAAUGAUGUCUGCUGUCACUGUUAAUUCAUCAUUAACUUUGCCUCGUUUGUAUACAACUUCAAGGCAGAGGAUAGUUAGAAUGUCUGCAAUUGACACCGGAAACCCCGGUUCGUUGUUUCAGUCGAUGACAAUAAAGCCGCCUUCACAUCCCACGUAUGAUUUGAAGGGCGUCGUUAAGCUAGCUCUUGCUGAAGAUGCUGGUGAUCGAGGAGAUGUGACUUGUAUGGCUACUGUUCCAUUUGAUAUGGAAGUGGAAGCUCAUUUCUUGGCGAAAGAGGACGGCAUUAUUGCUGGCAUUGCACUUGCAGAGAUGAUAUUUCAUGAGGUUGAUGCCUCGCUGAUGGUGGAAUGGUCACGAAAAGAUGGAGACUAUGUUCAUAAAGGAUUACAGUUCGGAAAAGUCUCAGGACGGGCACACAAUAUUGUUGUAGCUGAAAGGGUAGUACUAAAUUUCAUGCAAAGGAUGAGUGGAAUAGCAACUCUAACUAAGGCAAUGGCAGAUGCUGCACAUCCAGCAUGUAUCCUAGAGACUCGAAAAACAGCUCCAGGUCUCCGUUUAGUGGAUAAGUGGGCGGUGCUGAUUGGGGGAGGGAGAAAUCACAGGAUGGGUUUAUUUGAUAUGGUUAUGAUAAAAGAUAAUCAUAUAUCUAUAGCAGGGGGUAUUAUAAAUGCCAUCAGACUUGUCGAUCAGUAUCUAGAGCAAAAGAACACACAAAUGGAGGUCGAGGUUGAGACAAGAACCCUUGAGGAAGUAAAUGAGGUGUUACAUUAUAUAUCACAAAGAAAGACUUCCGUAACCAGGAUAAUGUUGGACAAUAUGGUUAUACCACUACCAAAUGGGGAUGUUGAUGUUUCAAUGCUUAAACAUGCUGUGGAAUUAAUCAAUGGAAGAUUCGAGACUGAGGCAUCAGGCAAUGUUACGCUUGAAACAGUACACAGAAUUGGACAGACCGGUGUCACCUACAUUUCUAGUGGUGCAUUGACACAUUCUGUAAAAGCACUCGACAUCUCUCUCAAAAUCGACACGGAGUUGGCUCUUCUAGUUGGGAGGCGCACGAAACGAGCAUGAAGAUGGUUUCUUUCAUGUAGGUACUCUCUAACACCCCUCAACUUUGUUUCGCCUUUUAUCCAUGCGGAAAAGGAAGAUACUGUGUAUGUGUCUCAGUAUUUUCUGGUUAUGUAAUAUUUAUAUUUACAUUUAGGCUCAUGUAUAUGCAAAUUGUUUAAUGUGAUGUUACUGAAAUGCAUUAUUAUGUAUGUCAGUGUAUGGGAUUUUCUUCCAA